CUUUCUCUUCCUCUUCCUCUUCCUCUUCUCUCUUUCUCGCGAUACUCCCAACCCAAAACAAAGAGACUUUUUUUUUGACAAAAUCAGAACCUGGCAAUCGGAGGUUUUGAUUAACCAAUCGCUAAUCGGAGGUUUUGACUAAUCAAUCAGAAAUCAGAGAUUUUGAUUAACUAAUCGGAACGACAUAUGGGAAAGCGUUGAGUCUUCUCCACCAUGCAUGAUUGUAAUUAGGGAGCUUAAUCGAUUCAGCUAGAGGCUUCUGCAAAAACGGAGCUAGCAGCAGAUUCGUCCAUAGUGAUGGAGGAGCCGAUUCCUCCUGGACUUGCUCAUCACUUCAUGACUUACAUGGAGAAAGGCAAAUUCCCUGACAAAUACAGUUUGGUAAGGGAGACCAUGGUAGACUUGUGAUCAGUUUGGUCGGGUCAACAAAUGGCAAAAACUAGAGAAUUCAAGCAGGUUAGUUUCCUUUUUUACUUAAUUUUGUUUAAUUCACUGCUUCCAACUACCAAAUAACUAAACCGGUCUUGUCAGAUUAGGUAAGCAGUAAGUCUUGUAUUGAUUGUGUUGUGUUCGUUGGUUGUUCAAUGGUUGUGUUUAUGGGGUGUGUUCAAUGCUUUGUAGUUGAAGUGGAAAUUUACUUUCUCAUUGAUUGCUACUAACACAAACCAAAUCGUUUUUAACCAAACCCUCACAUUGAUUGCUACUAACACGACCCUUUAGCAAUAUCUUCCCUUCUACUUCUAACACGCACAGAAAAAAAAAACGAUAUGGAUUCAUAUGGUUCCAUGAAUCCAUAUACUAACUCUCCUGGCUUCAUGGAUCUCCUACAUAGUCAAGGAGAAACCCACAGUCUGGACUCCAACCCACAAUCUGGACUCCAAUCCAUACUCCAACCCACAGUCAUUCUUUCAACAAAGACGAGAUGCUACUGGAAGGUUUGGUCUCUCUCCAAUACAGAAGUGUACAUCGGCAAUUCGUAUGAUGGCAUAUGGAAGUGCAGCUGACGCGCAAGAUGAAUACAUUCGCCUUGCUGAAACCACUGCGAUUUCAUGCUUGGAAAAUUUUGUUCAAGGAAUCAUAAACUUUUUUGGAGAUGAGUACCUAAGGAGACCCACACCAGCGGAUCUUCAACGACUACUCGAUAUUGGAGAGAUGCGCGGAUUUCCCGGGAUGAUAGGAAGCAUCGACUGUAUGCAUUGGGAGUGGAAGAAUUGCCCAACCGCAUGGAAAGGUCAAUAUACGCGUGGAUCUGGAAAGCCAACCAUCGUUUUAGAGGCUGUAGCGUCACAAGAUCUCUGGAUAUGGCACGCGUUUUUUGGACCUCCAGGUACAUUAAACGAUAUCAAUGUUCUUGAUCGCUCACCAGUUUUUGACGAUAUUUUACAAGGUCGUGCUCCUAAGGUGAAUUAUACUGUCAACGGGCACCGCUAUAAAUUGGCCUACUAUCUCACCGAUGGGAUUUAUCCAAAAUGGGCUACUUUUAUCCAAUCUAUUCCCCUUCCACAAACUCCAAAGGCAUCCUUAUUUGCUACAUAUCAAGAAGCUGUUCGUAAAGAUGUUGAACGUGCUUUUGGAGUCUUGCAAGCUCGAUUCCAUAUAGUAAAAAACCCGGCUCUCAUCCAUGAUAAAGAAAAAGUUGGAAAGAUAAUGAGAGUGUGUAUCAUACUACACAAUAUGAUAGUAGAAGAUGAACGUGAUGGGUACACGCAGUUUAAUGUUGCAGAAUUCGAACAAACACAAUCAAACCGAACUUCACAUGUGGACUACACACUUCCUACUGCGAGGCUUUCAAACAUCACCGAGAUGAUGAUCACGCGAAAUGAAGUUCGUGAUAAAAGAACAAAUGAACGCUUGCAUGAUGAUUUGAUUGAACAUAUAUGGCAAAAGUUUGACACAAAUCAAGGUUACAAUCAGGAUUACAACUAAUCUAUUAUCCCAUUUAUGAUUUGUAUUCCUAUUUUUACUAUGCUUUUAUAAUUUGUAAGUUUUAAAAUUAAU